CUGACCAGCUAUACACGUCAACGCGGACUUCACUACAACAGCUGAUUGACAAACCAAGGCUGACAGCAAGAUGGUGCAGACGCCUAAACGUUACAAGGCUAAUGGCACUGAGGACGAUUAUAAAGUGGACAUUAACUCUUCAUCGAAAAAGUGUAACAAGCCGUUGAUGGAAAGAAGACGGCGCGCUCGUAUUAAUGACAGUCUAAACCAGCUGAAGUCAUUGGUUCUACAAGCUAACGGAAAAGAGGAAUCCAACUUCAGUAAACUCGACAAAGCCGAUAUUUUGGAGAUGACAGUGAAACACAUUGCUGCUAUACAACACAACAGUAUAAUGGGAUCACCGUCAACAAUAAGCAACUCGAGCAAUCAGUUCGCAGGAGGCUUCAGUGCAUGUGCCAAGGAGACCCUGGGCUUACUGUCCACGCUUUCAGAUGUAACGGGCAACUCAGCUGCUCUCCAGGCAGGAUUGUUUAACCACUUGACCCACGCGCCGUGUUCGCCCAACGCUGGAACCGUUUCGCCAGAACACCACGGCUUGUCCAGCUACAGUCAGCAACAACAACGACAUCACCAGCAGAAUCACGUGAUGAACUCGCCAUAUGACAGCCGACUGGUAAACCCGCAUCAUGCCACGUUUAGCGAGGAUGCACGUGCAACCUACCCUGCAUCUCAUGCGGAAUCUCACCUGAAUUUAAGGAUGCCAGUCUUACAAAAACUAUCCAACAACAACAACGCAGGGUUUCCUGUAAGAUGUGGUGCAUCGCGUUCCCAUAGUUAUACUGUGUCCAUGCCGAAUCCUCAGGUCAGUGAAUCACAAUCCAAGAGUGCAUGUACCAUUUCUCAACCUACAACUAGUUCAACAUACAGUCAACAUGCAACCUCUUCCCAUGUCCAAGUAAAACAAGAACCAGAUAACGUACGAGACUACGACGAGAAUCUGCGAGAUUAUAGUGACAGUGCUAGUGAGGGGUCAAGGUCACCGUGUAGUGAAGACUCAUCGCCAACCAGUUCCAAAGCCGCCUGGCGUCCAUGGUGACGUCAUUUAAUCAUGGGUGAAUCUCGAUCAAUUUAAAUUAAGACUUACUUGUGCAAUCAUACAUGUACUGUUUGAGUGGAUGAAUUUACUAUUGAGAAACUAUUUUAAAUAGC